UGGCAACAAGCAGGUAAAAAAAACAGAAGAAGAGACACAAUAACAACGCAAAAAGAAGAAAACUCCAGAAAUAUAGUAAGCUCUUCGAGAAAAAGUAAUCAAAAUAAGAAACAAUGGAAUCAAAGCGCGAGAGAAAGUCUUCCCUGGCCCCACUUUCGCCAUGUCCCAUUCCCGACAUCACGGAUGAUGAUUUGGUGAGCAUUUCGGUGCGGGAUCUCAACCGCACACUCAAGAUGCGUGGCUUGAAUCGCGAGGAGAUCGUACGAAUGAAGCAACGCCGGCGGACACUGAAAAAUCGCGGAUAUGCCGCCAGUUGUCGAAUCAAACGGAUCGAGCAGAAGGACGAGCUGGAAACCAAAAAGUCCUAUGAGUGGACGGAAUUGGAACAGAAGCACGAGGAUAACGAGCAGGUGCGUCGCGAAGUGAACAACUGGAAGAACAAGUACAAGGCGCUGCUGCAGUUUGCCAUCCAAAACGAGAUUCCAAUUCCGAGCGAGCUGGAGGGCUGUUGAUUCCGUCCCAGUUACACAUUCCUGUUUCUGUCAAAAUUUCUAAAAACUUAAAUAAAAACACCUGUAACUAAAGUACAACAGCUAAUUUAUCCCGAUUAAUAAAGGCUAUAUACUAUUCUUCGGACCACUGGAA